GCUGGAGCGGAGCCCGGGUGGCCGAGGGAGGGGACCCCGCGAGAGGGCCGCGCGCCGGCCGCCGCCGCCCCGGCGCCCAGGCUCGGUGCCGGAGAGUCAUGCCCGUGAGCCCUGGGCCCCUCUUGAUGUCCUGUGAGGCCACGGUGUUCCCAAACCUCAGGGUUGCCCUGCCCCACUCCAGAGGCUCUCAGGCCCCACCCCGGAGCCCUCUGUGUGGAGCUGCCUCCUCCUGGCCAGUUCCCCUGUAGUCCUGAAGGGAGACCUGCUGUGCGGAACCUCUUCUGGGACCCAGCCAUGAGUGUGGAGCUGAGCAACUGAACUUGAAACUCUUCCACUGUGAGUCAAGGAGGCUUUUCCGCACAUGAAGGACGCUGAGUGGGAAGGACUCCUGUCUGCCUGCAGUUGUAGCGAGUGGACCAGCACCAGGGGCUCUCUAGACUGCCCCUCCUCCAUUGCCUUCCCUGCCUCUCCAGGACAGAGUAGCCCCAUCUGCACACCUCGCCCUCUUUACACUCAGUUUUCAGAGCACGUUUCUCCUAUUUCCUGGGUGUUGCAGCGCCUACCUGAACUUAUUCAGACUACCUACUUCUCUAGCAGCACUGGGCGUCCGUUCCAGCAAGACGAUGGCUGUGCUCAGGCAGCUGGCGCUCCUCCUCUGGAAGAACUACACCCUGCAGAAGCGGAAAGUCCUGGUGACAAUCCUGGAACUCUUCCUGCCAUUGCUGUUUUCUGGGAUCCUGAUCUGGCUUCGCUUGAAGAUUCAGUCGGAAAAUGUGCCCAACGCCACCAUCUACCCGGGCCAGUCCAUCCAGGAACUGCCUCUGUUCUUCACCUUCCCUCCGCCAGGAGACACCUGGGAGCUCGCCUACAUCCCUUCUCACAGUGACGCUGCCAAGACCGUCACCGAGACAGUGCACAGGGCACUUGUGAUCAACAUGCGAGUGCGCGGCUUUCCCUCCGAGAAGGACUUUGAGGAGUACAUUAGGUAUGACAACCGCUCGUCCAGCGUGCUGGCCGCCGUGGUUUUCGAGCACCCCUUCAACCACAGCAAGGAACCCCUGCCGCUGGCGGUGAAAUAUCACCUACGGCUCAGUUACACACGGAGAAAUUACAUGUGGACCCAAACAGGCUCCUUUUUCCUGAAGGAGACAGAAGGCUGGCACACUACUUCCCUUUUCCCGCUUUUCCCAAACCCAGGACCAAGGGAACCUACAUCCCCUGAUGGUGGAGAACCUGGGUACAUCCGGGAAGGCUUCCUGGCCGUGCAGCAUGCUGUGGACCGGGCCAUCAUGCAGUACCAUGCCGAUGCUGCCACACGCCAGCUGUUCCAGAGACUGACGGUGACCAUCAAGAGGUUCCCGUACCCGCCGUUCAUCGCAGACCCCUUCCUCGUGGCCAUCCAGUACCAGCUGCCCCUGCUGCUGCUGCUCAGCUUCACCUACACCGCGCUCACCAUUGCCCGUGCUGUCGUGCAGGAGAAAGAAAGGAGGCUGAAGGAGUAUAUGCGCAUGAUGGGGCUCAGCAGCUGGCUGCACUGGAGUGCCUGGUUCCUCUUGUUCUUCCUCUUCCUCCUCAUCGCCGCCUCCUUCAUGACCCUGCUCUUCUGUGUCAAGGUGAAGCCGGAUGUAGCCGUGCUGUCCCGCAGCGACCCCUCCCUGGUGCUGGCCUUCCUGCUGUGCUUUGCCAUCUCUACCAUCUCCUUCAGCUUCAUGGUCAGCACCUUCUUCAGCAAAGCCAACAUGGCAGCAGCCUUCGGCGGCUUCCUCUACUUCUUCACCUACAUCCCCUACUUCUUCGUGGCCCCUCGGUACAACUGGAUGACUCUGAGCCAGAAGCUCUGCUCCUCUUCCCUGGUGCUCUGCCCACACCACUGGGUCGACUGCAUCCCUGUAGGCACCAGGCUGUCCUCGAGGGCAGUGUGUGAGCCCUCCUAUUGGUGUGGGAAGCCAAGGGCGGUUGCAGGGAAGGAGGAAGAAGACAGUGACCCCGAGAAAGCGCUCAGAAACGAGUACUUUGAAGCCGAGCCAGAGGACCUGGUGGCGGGGAUCAAGAUCAAGCACCUGUCCAAGGUGUUCAGGGUGGGGAAUAAGGACAGGGCGGCCGUCAGAGACCUGAACCUGAAUCUGUACGAGGGGCAGAUCACCGUCCUGCUGGGCCACAAUGGCGCCGGGAAGACCACCACCCUUUCUAUGCUCACAGGUCUCUUUCCCCCCACCAGCGGACGGGCAUAUAUCAGCGGGUAUGAAAUUUCCCAGGACAUGUUUCAGAUCCGGAAGGGCCUGGGCCUGUGCCCGCAGCACGACAUCCUGUUUGACAACUUGACAGUCGCAGAGCACCUUUAUUUCUAUGCCCAGCUGAAGGGCCUGUCACGCCAGAAGUGCCCUGAAGAAGUCAAGCAGAUGCUGCACAUCAUCGGCCUGGAGGACAAGUGGAACUCACGGAGCCGCUUCCUGAGCGGGGGCAUGAGGCGCAAGCUCUCCAUCGGCAUCGCCCUCAUCGCAGGCUCCAAGGUGCUGAUACUGGACGAGCCCACCUCGGGCAUGGACGCCAUCUCCAGGAGGGCCAUCUGGGACCUUCUUCAGCGGCAGAAAAGUGACCGCACCAUCGUGCUGACCACCCACUUCAUGGACGAGGCUGACCUGCUGGGAGACCGCAUCGCCAUCAUGGCCAAGGGGGAGCUGCAGUGCUGCGGGUCCUCGCUGUUCCUCAAGCAGAAAUAUGGUGCCGGCUAUCACAUGACGCUGGUGAAGGAGCCGCACUGCAACCCGGAAGACAUCUCCCAGCUGGUCCACCACCACGUGCCCAACGCCACGCUGGAGAGCAGCGCUGGGGCCGAGCUGUCUUUCAUCCUUCCCAGAGAGAGCACGCACAGGUUUGAAGGUCUCUUUGCUAAACUGGAGAAGAAGCAGAAAGAGCUGGGCAUUGCCAGCUUUGGGGCAUCCAUCACCACCAUGGAGGAAGUCUUCCUUCGGGUUGGCAAGCUGGUGGACAGCAGCAUGGACAUCCAGGCCAUCCAGCUCCCUGCCCUGCAGUACCAGCACGAGAGGCGCGCCAGCGACUGGGCUGUGGACAGCAACCUCUGUGGGGCCAUGGACCCCUCCGACGGCAUUGGAGCCCUCAUUGAGGAGGAGCGCACCGCUGUCAAGCUCAACACUGGGCUCGCCCUGCACUGCCAGCAGUUCUGGGCCAUGUUCCUGAAGAAGGCCGCAUACAGCUGGCGCGAGUGGAAAAUGGUGGCGGCACAGGUCCUGGUGCCUCUGACCUGCGUCACCCUGGCCCUCCUGGCCAUCAACUACUCCUCGGAGCUCUUCGACGACCCCAUGCUGAGGCUGACCUUGGGCGAGUACGGCAGAACCGUCGUGCCCUUCUCAGUUCCCGGGACCUCCCAGCUGGGUCAGCAGCUGUCAGAGCAUCUGAAAGACGCACUGCAGGCCGAGGGACAGGAGCCCCGCGAGGUGCUCGGUGACCUGGAGGAGUUCUUGAUCUUCAGGGCCUCUGUGGAGGGGGGCGGCUUUAAUGAGCGGUGCCUUGUGGCAGCGUCCUUCAGAGAUGUGGGAGAGCGCACGGUUGUCACCGCCUUGUUCAACAACCAGGCGUACCACUCUCCAGCCACUGCCCUGGCCGUCGUGGACAACCUUCUGUUCAAGCUGCUGUGCGGGCCUCACGCCUCCAUUGUGGUCUCCAACUUCCCCCAGCCCCGGAGUGCCCUGCAGGCUGCCAAGGACCAGUUUAACGAGGGCCGGAAGGGAUUCAACAUUGCCCUCAACCUGCUCUUCGCCAUGGCAUUCUUGGCCAGCACGUUCUCCAUCCUGGCGGUCAGCGAGAGGGCCGUGCAGGCCAAGCACGUGCAGUUUGUGAGCGGAGUCCACGUGGCCACUUUCUGGCUCUCUGCUCUGCUGUGGGACCUCAUCUCCUUCCUCAUCCCUAGUCUGCUGCUGCUGGUGGUGUUCAAGGCCUUCGACGUGCGUGCCUUCACGCGGGACGGCCACGUGGCCGACACCCUGCUGCUGCUCCUGCUCUACGGCUGGGCCAUCAUCCCCCUCAUGUACCUGAUGAACUUCUUCUUCUCGGGAGCGGCCACCGCCUACACAAGGCUGACCAUCUUCAACAUCCUGUCAGGCAUCGCCACCUUCCUGAUGGUCACCAUCAUGCGCAUCCCAGCUGUAAAACUGGAAGAACUUUCCAAAACCCUGGAUCGCGUGUUCCUGGUGCUGCCCAACCACUGUCUGGGGAUGGCAGUCAGCAGUUUCUACGAGAACUACGAGACGCGGAGGUACUGCACCUCCUCUGAGGUCGCCGCCCACUACUGCAAGAAAUAUAACAUCCAGUACCAGGAGAACUUCUAUGCCUGGAGCGCCCCGGGGGUCGGCCGGUUCGUGGCCUCCAUGGCCGCCUCAGGGGGUGCCUACCUCAUCCUGCUCUUCCUCAUCGAGACCAACCUGCUUCAGAGACUCAGGGGCCUCCUCUGCGCCCUCCGGAGGAGGCGGACACUGACAGAAUUAUACACCCGGAUGCCUGUGCUUCCUGAGGACCAAGAUGUGGCGGAUGAGAGGACCCGCAUCCUGGCCCCCAGCCCAGACUCCCUGCUCCACACACCUCUGAUUAUCAAGGAGCUCUCCAAGGUGUACGAGCAGCGGGUGCCCCUCCUGGCCGUGGACAGGAUCUCCCUCGCGGUGCAGAAAGGGGAGUGCUUCGGCCUGCUGGGCUUCAAUGGAGCUGGGAAGACCACGACUUUCAAAAUGCUGACCGGGGAGGAGAGCCUCACUUCUGGGGAUGCCUUUGUCGGGGGUCACAGAAUCAGCUCUGAUGUCGGAAAGGUGCGGCAGCGGAUUGGCUACUGCCCACAGUUUGAUGCCUUGCUGGACCACAUGACAGGCCGGGAGAUGCUGGUCAUGUAUGCUCGGCUCCGGGGCAUCCCUGAGCGCCACAUUGGGGCCUGCGUGGAGAACACUCUGCGGGGCCUGCUUCUGGAGCCACACGCCAACAAGCUGGUCAGGACGUACAGUGGUGGUAACAAGCGGAAGCUGAGCACCGGCAUCGCCCUGAUCGGAGAGCCUGCUGUCAUCUUCCUGGACGAGCCGUCCACUGGCAUGGACCCCGUGGCCCGGCGCCUGCUUUGGGACACCGUGGCACGAGCCCGAGAGUCUGGCAAGGCCAUCGUCAUCACCUCCCACAGCAUGGAGGAGUGUGAGGCCCUGUGCACCCGGCUGGCCAUCAUGGUGCAGGGGCAGUUCAAGUGCCUGGGCAGCCCCCAGCACCUCAAGAGCAAGUUCGGCAGCGGCUACUCCCUGCGGGCCAAGGUGCAGAGCGAAGGGCAGCAGGAGGCGCUGGAGGAGUUCAAGGCCUUCGUGGACCUGACCUUUCCAGGCAGCGUCCUGGAAGAUGAGCACCAAGGCAUGGUCCAUUACCACCUGCCGGGCCGCGACCUCAGCUGGGCAAAGGUUUUCGGUAUUCUGGAGAAAGCCAAGGAAAAGUACGGCGUGGACGACUACUCCGUGAGCCAGAUCUCGCUGGAACAGGUCUUCCUGAGCUUCGCCCACCUGCAGCCGCCCACCGCAGAGGAGGGGCGAUGAGGGCUGUGGCUGUCUCGCCACCAGGCAGGGACGGGAUGGGCAAGCAGGGCCCAGCUUACAUCCUCUUUUUCCAAGUUUAUCUCAUCCUUUAUUUUUAAUCACUUUUUUCUAUGAUGGAUAUGAAAAAUUCAAGGCAGUAUGCACAGAACGGACAAGUGCAGCCCAGCCCUCAUGCCCAGGAUCAGCAUGCGCGUCUCCACGUCUGCACACUCUGGAGUUCACUUUCCCAGAGCUGGAGCAGGCUGGGCAGUCUGCGGGCAAGCCCCGGGGACUCUGGGUGGAGAACUGACCCAGGAAGGGCUGCAGCUGAGCUGGGGGGUUGAAUUUCUCCAGGCACUCCCUGGAGAGAGGACCCAGUGAUUUGUCCACGUUUACACAUGACACUAAUCUCCCCUGGGGAGGAAGCCGGAAGCCAGCCAGGUUGAACUGCAGCGAGGCCCCCAGGCCACCAGGAAUGGACCAUGCAGAUCACUGUCGGUGGAGGGAAGCUGCUGACUGUGAUUAGGUGCUGGGGUCUUAGCGUGCAGCGCAGCCCGGGGACCUCCUGGAGGCUCUGCUCCUUAGGGCAUGGUAGCCACCGCGGAGCCGGGCACCGUCCCACAGCAUCUCCUAGAAGCAGCCGGCACAGGAGGGAAGGUGGCCAGGCUCGAAGCAGUCUCUGUUCCCAGCACUGCACCUUCAGGAAGUCGCCUGUCCCAGGACACGCAGCGACUAUCCCAAGGGCUGGGUGGCUGUCUCGAGGACACACUGAAUACGUUGUGACCAUUCAAAAAAUAAAUGCUGAGGGGACACAG